AUGCUUUCAAACGUCCUCUUCACUGCUGCGCUCGCUGCGGGCGUCGCUCAGGCCCUGCCUCAAGCGACUGGCACCCCCAAGCCUACAGGCACCUCCCCCAGUAUGACGACAGCUGCGGCCUCCGGCAACCCAUUUGCUGGCUACAACUUCUACGCCAACCCAUACUACUCUUCUGAAGUCUACACCUUGGCCAUGCCUUCGCUUGCAGCCUCGUUGAAGCCCGCGGCUACUGCUGUAGCCAACAUCGGCUCCUUUGUAUGGAUGGACACCAUGGCCAAGGUCCCCCUCAUGGACACGUACCUCGCAAACAUCAAGGCCAAGAACGCCGCGGGCGCAAAGCUCAUGGGCACCUUUGUCGUCUACGACCUUCCCGACCGUGACUGCGCAGCGCUCGCAUCCAACGGCGAGCUCAAGAUCUCCGAGGGAGGAGCAGAAAAGUACAAGAAACAGUACAUUGACAAGAUUGCUGCCAUCAUCCAAAAGUACCCCGACGUCAAGAUCAACCUAGCCAUUGAGCCCGACUCCCUCGCCAACAUGGUCACCAACCUGGGUGUGGCAAAGUGCGCAAAUGCUGCCCCUUACUACAAGGACCUGACCGCCUACGCCAUCUCCAAACUGAACUUUGCAAACGUUGACAUGUACCUCGAUGGCGGCCACGCCGGAUGGCUCGGCUGGGACGCUAACAUUGGCCCCGCUGCUAAGCUCUACGCUGAUGUUUACAAGGCGGCUGGCAAGCCCCGCGCUGUUCGUGGUAUCGUCACUAACGUGAGCAACUACAACGCCUUCCGCAUCGCUACCUGCCCAGCCAUCACCCAGGGAAACAAGAACUGCGACGAGGAGCGCUACAUCAACGCUUUUGCUCCUUUGCUUCAGGCCGAGGGCUUCCCGGCUCACUUCAUCGUCGACACUGGUCGCAGUGGUAAGCAGCCUACUGGCCAGCAGGCGUGGGGUGACUGGUGCAACGUCUCAGGCGCUGGCUUCGGCGCCCGUCCUAGCACCAACACUGGUAACGCCAACGUUGACGCCUUUGUCUGGGUUAAGCCAGGUGGUGAGUCCGACGGUACAUCCGACCAAUCCGCCGCCCGCUACGACUCGCACUGCGGCGUCUCCUCCGCCUUGAAGCCCGCGCCCGAGGCCGGAACUUGGUUCCAGGCAUACUUUGAGAUGCUUCUCAAGAACGCCAGCCCUGCUCUUGCAUAAAUGCAGCGUGGCAGUCAUCAACCGUCAACUUUUGUCAGACAUGGAAUACGGACACAAUAGACGAUAGACGCACUUCUUCUGUAAAUAUCAUUAUAGCUAGCUCAAGUAGAUUAGAAAGGAGAUGAACAUCCUUUGUACAUGGAAUCAAGCAUGCCAACCUA